AUGAAGGCAAUCAAAGAUAAUCUUGCUUCCUUUUCAGGUUUUUCAGGCCAGUACUGUGAAAUAGAAGUGAAUGAGUGUGAUUCGUCUCCAUGCUUGAAUGGUGCUGUCUGUCAGAAUGAUGUCAACAGCUAUGAUUGUUUUUGCCCUGAAGGGUUUGAAGGUUUGAACUGUGAAAUCAACUUUGAUGAGUGCACUUACGGUUUUUGUAAAAGCAAUUCAACUUGUUUAGACCUGGUUGCAGACUACAGCUGCAUUUGUCCUCCAGGAUUCACUGACAAAAACUGUUCCAUGGAUAUUGAUGAAUGUUCCUCCAAGCCCUGCAAAAAUGGAGGCCAUUGCCAUGAUUUGAUUGGUGAAUUUUACUGUAGCUGUUUGCCAGGUUUUACUGGUCAGUUUUGUGAAGCAGCUGUUGGUGCCUGCCUGUCACAACCAUGUGGAGCCUCCAGCAUCUGUAAAGACAUAGUGGAUGGCUACCUUUGUUUCUGUGCACCUGGUUUUAUAGGUAAUAACUGUGAGACUGAGGUGGAUGAGUGUCUUAGUGACCCUUGUCACAAUGGAGCUACUUGUGUUGAUCAUCUGAAUGCCUUCAGUUGUAUCUGUCAAGAUGGAUUUCAAGGCACAACUUGUGAAGCAAAUAUAAAUGAAUGUCACUCUUCUCCAUGUCUUCAUAACGCGUCAUGUGCAGACCUUAUUGGUGGUUAUGAAUGCAGCUGUCUGCCCGGCUUUACUGGUGCAAGAUGUGAAACAGAUAUAGAUGAGUGUGCUUCAUUUCCCUGCAAGAAUGGAGCCACCUGCAUUGACCAACCUGGUAAUUAUUUCUGCCAAUGUGUGGCUCCGUUUAAAGGUUUGAACUGUGAGUUUAGGCCUUGUGAGGCCAGCAAUCCCUGUGAGAAUGGAGCUGUGUGCAUAGAAGAAAUGAAUUUGGACAUUUUUCCCCUUGGAUUCCAGUGCCAGUGUGUGAAGGGCUUUGCAGGUCCACGCUGUGAGAUCAAUGUCAAUGAGUGCAGUUCUAACCCUUGCCUCCAUGGAUACUGCUAUGACAUUGUGGAUGGCUUCUAUUGUUUGUGUAACCCAGGAUAUGCAGGACUGAAAUGUGACCAGGACAUUGAUGACUGCAUAAUCAAUUCUUGUGAACACAAUUCUACAUGCGUUGAUCUACAUCUGAGAUACCAAUGUGUUUGUACACCUGGAUGGGAAGGAACAUUCUGUGAAAAUGAAUCAAAUGAAUGUAAUUCAGAUCCUUGUAAAAACAAUGGCACCUGCAUGGAUCUUUUCAACAGCUAUCGGUGCACGUGUACAACAGGAUGGACAGGGCCAGACUGCAGCGAAGAUAUAAAUGAAUGUGAUUCUGAACCAUGCUUGAAUGGAGCCACCUGUUAUGAAUCUGUUAAGCAGGGACAGUUUGUAUGCAUUUGUCCUCCAUUUUAUACUGGUGACUUCUGCCAUCAGCGCUUCAGUCCCUGUGAGCUGCCUUACAAUCCAUGCGUAAACAAUUCAACCUGCUUGGCACAAGCCGAUGGAAAUCCAGUGUGCAUUUGCAAAACAGGAUUUGAGGGCACUUACUGUGAAAUUAACAGUGAUGAGUGCAUCUCCCAUCCAUGCCAGAAUGAAGGUCUCUGUGUGGAUGAGAUUAACCAUUACAGGUGCUCCUGCCAACAUGGUUUUACUGGGACACUCUGUGAAGCAGAGAUAAAUGAAUGCUUAUCAGGACCCUGCAAAAACAAUGGAACUUGCCUGGAUCUUGUAAACAGAUUCAUCUGCAAUUGUGCACCUGGGUACUAUGGGUCUCUGUGUGAGAUGGAUGUAAAUGAGUGUGAAACUUUUCCUUGCUUGCAUGGAGGAAGCUGCAUCAACAGACUUGGUGGCUAUGGGUGCUUCUGUCCACCUGGAUUCACAGGUGAUAGAUGUGAAGUAAAUAUAGAUGAAUGUAUGUCUACUCCUUGCCUCAACAAUGGAAUUUGCAUUGAUGAUAUCAGUUUUUAUAAGUGUCACUGUAGAAGAGGUUUCAUUGGAACAAACUGCGAGAUCAAUGUUAAUGAAUGCUUGCCAGAUCCUUGUCUUCAUGGAAGAUGUAUAGAUCUUAUUGAUGGAUAUCAAUGCUCUUGUGAACCAGGAUGGACCAGCUCCAGAUGUGAGAUAAAUAUUAAUGAAUGUGAAUCUGCUCCCUGCAUUAACGGAGGUUCCUGUCAAGAUGCUGUCAAUGCGUUUGUUUGUACUUGCCUGAGUGGGUACACGGGCAGGUUUUGUGAAGUUGAUGUUGAUGUUUGCAGUGAGCCUGCAUUGAACUCAGUUCUCUGUUACAAUGGAGGUGUAUGUGUUGAUGGACCUGGAAGAGCAUUUCAUUGCAGGUGUCUUGCUGGAUUUUCGGGACAGUUUUGUGAAAUAGAAGUUAAUGAGUGUAAUUCAUCACCUUGUCUACAUGGCUCAACUUGUGAAGAUCGUAUCAGUGGAUACACUUGUAAAUGUCAAAAAGGAUGGGAAGGCCUCCAUUGUGAGCUGGAUGUCAAUGAGUGCAUAUCCAACCCCUGCAUACAUGGCAUUUGUGUUCAGCAGGACCCAAGCUUUGGUUACUCCUGUUUUUGCAAGGCAGGAUUUGUGGGACGAAGCUGUGAGCUUAAUUACAAUGAUUGUCUUAUACAGUCCUGCUCCACUGGGUUUCUUUGUGUUGAUGGAAUAAACAAUAUCACCUGUUUACCUAUCCCCCAAAGCAAGAAAACUGUCACUGAAGUGGCUGAAGUGUUUCCUGAUGAGAUUUUAGACAAUGACCUUCCGUCAGCCCUAGCUGUGUCUAUGGAACUUUGGUCUGAACAUUCUUCUCCUGAUUUUCAUACAGAAGAAGUGUCCCAAGAUUUUAAUUAUACUCACUACUAUGGUGAUUCUUACCUGGAAUUUAAAGGCUUGCAUUUGAACACACAAAACUUCAUCCGCUUGGAAUUUAAAACAUACAGUCCACAUGGACUCCUCCUGUAUAUUGAACAGAGCCCAGAAACAAUAGGACAUUUUUUAAUCCAGCUUUUCAUCAAACAUGGCAACUUACAGUACCAGUUUUUAUGUGAUGAAGCUGCAGAAGUCAAAAACAUCACUACUACUGCUAGAGUGGAUGAUGGACACUGGUAUGAAGUGCAAAUUAGGCAAGGUAUGGUACCAUGUGAAGCAGAAAUGUCAGUCCUGAGGAUAUCUGCAAAGACAAGUACACCUAAAAAUUUCUGGUCCAGUUCAUACCGGCUUGAAACAGGAUCCGUAUUUGUUGGUGGUUUGCCUCAUCAUUAUGCAAUAAAACAGAUACCUGGACCUGUUUAUAAUUUCACUGGCUGUAUACAAGUUAUAGAAAUUAAUGAUGUGGGACCUUUCAACUUCUCUAGUGCUGUAGGAAGAAAUAAUGCUGACAACUGCAGGAUCCCUGUAUCCACACAUCUGUCCACAGCGUUUCCUAUGGUUUCUUCUGAUGUGCCUGAGCUGCCUGAGCCUGUUGUGCCCUCUCAGAUUUUCCCCACAUUGCCAUCUGUAUGCCAGGAUGGACUGUGCCAUAAUGGAGGGACUUGUCAUCCUCUCUCUCUGCCUACUGGGGCAACUUCAUUUCAGUGCGACUGCCCACUACACUUCACUGGUCGGUUCUGCGAAAAAGAUACAGCACUGUUUUUUCCAUCCUUCACUGGAAAUUCUUAUUUGGAACUACCUUCUCUGACAUCUGUAUCUGAGACCAGGACUGCAUCUGGGCAGGAAACAAGCAAUCUGACGACUCUGUACUUGUCAGUGAAAACAACUGCUCUUAAUGGCACAAUUCUUUACACUAGUGAAAGGAAUUUUGGAGAACAGUUCCUGCACUUGUAUAUUGUGGAAGGAAGACCAACAGUUCGAUUCAGCUGUGGAAACUCUCAGAACAUUCUGACUGUAUCUGUCAAUCAAUCCAUUAGCAAAGGUACACUCAUCCCUAUCACAAUAAGUUAUAUGUUGCCUGUGAGCAGUCCUCAAGGCUACUGUAUGAUUGAAAUGGCUGUAGAUGGAAAUCCUCCUGUACAACACAGACUUUCUCUCUUAUAUCAAACAACUCAGAUCACCUUUGGAUCAAUCUUCCUUGGAAAUGUUCCUGUUCAUGAAGAGGUUCAUCGAUGUGCUGGACAGAUACAUGGCUAUAAAGGAUGCAUUAGGGAUUUUCAAGUUAACAACAAAGAGUUAUUCAUCAUAGAUGAGGCACUUGGAGGGAGGAAUGUUGAGAACUGCAAUGUUCCAAUAUGUGAUUAUCAUCCAUGUCACAAUGGUGGUACCUGCACAAGUGAUGCAGAAAAUUGGUUUUGUGAAUGCCCUAAACUUUACUCUGGAAAACUCUGCCAGUUUGCAACUUGUGAAGAAAAUCCAUGUGGAAAUGGUGCUACGUGUUUUCCAAAGUCCAGACGAGAUGCUGUUUGCCUUUGUCCAUACGGAAGAUCUGGCAUCCUCUGCAGUGAUGCUAUUAAUAUUAGCCAACCGAGUUUCAGUGGCACAGAUGCUUUUGGCUAUACCUCGUUUCUGGCUUAUUCUACCAUCCCAAAUAUCACCUUCUACUAUGAAUUUAGCUUGAAAUUUCAUUUGGCAAACCACCACUCAGCUUUACAAGAUAACCUGAUUUUUUUCACUGGACAGAAAGGUCAAGGUCUCAAUGGAGAUGAUUUCCUGGAGUUAGGCCUCCGUAAUGGCAGAGUAGUAUAUAGUUACAAUCUAGGUUCUGGCACAGCAACAAUCAUUAGUAAACCACUUGAUCUGACACUCAAUAUUCAUGUCAUCCGUCUUGGCAGAUAUCUCCAAAAAGGCUGGCUAAAGGUGAAUGAUCAGAAGAAUAAAACUGUCACUUCUCCUGGGAGACUGGUUGGACUCAAUGUUUUCAGUCAGUUUUAUUUAGGAGGCUAUCGGGAAUAUGCUCCAGAACUCCUGCCAAAGGGAUCCAGAUUUAAGAACAGCUUCCAAGGUUGCAUUUUUGAUGUUCAAGUUCGCACCAGCAUGAAUCAAGAGUUCAAAUCACCUGGAAAUCCAGAAGGUCACCCCAAUUCUGGUCGCAGUGUUGGACAAUGUAAAGAUUCUCCAUGCAGUUUAAUAAAAUGCAGAAACGGUGGGAAGUGCAUAGAAAGUGGCUCUACUGUUUACUGUGACUGCCUCACUGGAUGGAAAGGUGCAUUUUGCACAGAAACAGUGUCAGUGUGUGAACCUGAGCACGUUCCUCCGCAUCUGUGUAAGCAAGGUGGUACUUGUGUGCCGCUGCCUAACGACUACACAUGUCACUGUCCUCUUGGAACAACUGGUACCUAUUGUGAACAAGAUAUUUCCAUUAGUGAUCCAUCUUUCAGAAGUAAUGAAUCAUCAUGGAUGUCAUUUGCACCCUUUUAUAUCCGGCAUAAGACUCAUAUCAAACUGCAGUUUCAGCCUCUAUCUCCAGAUGGUAUCUUGUUUUACACUGCACAGCAUUUGGGUACUCAGUCAGGUGACUUCUUAUGUAUAUCAUUAGUAAAUGGAUUUAUACAGUUACGCUACAAUCUCGGAGACAAGACAGUCAUCCUACAGACCUUUCAGAAAGUCAGUACAAAUGGAAGUAUAUGGCAUUCACUCAAAGCAGGAAGAGUUGGCAAUGAAGGCUACGUGGACCUGGAUGGUGUGAACAUUACUCAUAAAGCUAGUCCUGGAAUGAAUGCACUAGACACACGGACAGACUUUUUUGUUGGAGGGGUGUCCUCCUUAAACCUUGUUAAUUCAAUGGCAGUAGAAAAUGAACCCACAGGUUUCACUGGUUGUAUACGAGAACUUCUUAUCAACAACAGGGAACUGAAGCUUACUGUGAGUGACCCCACAGGUGGAGCCAAUGUUGGUGACUGUGAUGGAACAGUUUGCGGGUACACGGUGUGCAAAAAUAAUGGAACAUGUAAAGCUGAAAACUCAGGCUUUUCUUGUUCUUGCCCACAGGAGUGGACAGGGAGCACAUGUGAAAAAUCUAUUCACUGUUCACAACACAGGUGUGGGUCUCAGGCUCUCUGUAUUCCUCAACCUACUUCGUUUUCAUAUUCCUGCAUGUGUGCACUAGGCUGGUCAGGUAAAUACUGUGAUAGCAAAAUCCAUUUUUUUAUAGCAAAGUUUGUCGGCAACUCCUACAUGAAAUACACAGAUCCUUAUUAUGGAAAAAGAGACCUCCAGUAUAGCCGCAUUUCUUUAAAUUUUACUACCAAUCAAUCUGAAGGCUUAAUAGUAUGGAUGGGGAAAGCUGAAGAUGAAGAUAAUGAUUUCCUUGCCAUUGGUCUUGCCAAUGGAACACUAAAAGUUGUGAUUAAUCUUGGAGAAAGAAUCUCUGUUCCUCUAAUUCAUAGUAAUUACUCCUCCUGUUGUGACGAAAGGUGGCAUUUCGUUACUGUAGUUCAAAACCAAACUUGCAUUAAGGUCUACCUUGAUGAGGAGCUAAUUCUUUUUGAAGAUAUUGAUCCACACAGAAAAUACACUGCUUUAAACUAUGGUGGUAUUUGUUAUUUUGGUGGGUUUGAAAUUGGCAGGGAAGUCAAUACAGUCACUACAGGGCUUUUUCACAAGGAAUUCAUUGGUAAAAUUAAAGAUGUUGUGCUCUUCCAAGACUCCAAGAAGAUUCACCUCAUGAAAGCAGAAGGGUAUAAUGUUUACAAUGGAAAUUACAGAAAUUAACUGAAAAACUAUGUCUUUAAAAGUGGUAAAUUUUCUUUUCCUCCUGUUUCUUGUAGUAGCAGGCAGUGUAAGACUCAGGAACCAACAUAG